AUGAAUAAUAAACUGUAGUCUACCUUCAAGUGUCCUAAGGAUCAGGAACUAGUAAUUAAGUCAAGCAUCAGCGACUUGGAAGAUAAAGAUAUUCAAGAUUACUUAGCAAAGCAAGAUUACUUAGGAGUGAGAUGCCACUUACACUAAGAUUAGUUAGUUGAGGUUUAUUGCACACAGACUAAUAACUUUUUUUGUGAAAAAUGCCCAAUAAAUUGUAAUUCACCAAACCAUCAAUCAAAUGAACACGAAAGAAUCACAAGAGAAGGCUUUAAAGUAUAUUUGCAAGAAACUAUUCCUUAACUCUAGGAUAGUAUAAACUCAAUUUAGUCAGUCACUCAGGAUCUAUUGUCUAUUGAGUCUGGAGGAAGUCAUCUGAAUGGCAAUCAGCUACUCCAAAUGAUUAACUACGUAAGAAUAGUUUUAUCUACUAAUGGCUAGUAUGUCCCAAUUCCUGUCCAUUAAUGGCUAGAUGUUAAUCACAAUAGAAUUUCUAGUGCCAAAUCUAAUUUAAUUUCUAAAAACCACUCUAGACAUCAAGUAAAUUAAGGAAACUUCGAGCUUAAUAUUUAAAAUGAGGAAAGAAAAGGUUGCUAAGAGGAAUAGAGGAUUAGGUAACAAGAUUAAAAAUUUCAGAAUAAAUCAUAAGAUGCUGUUGGAAAUAAGAAUAGAUAGACUCAAGAACUGUAAUAGUCGAUUCAUCAAUCUUUUGGUCAGAAAAGUAAGUAUGAAGUAUUCAGGUAACUUGUUGACAAUGAAAAAUAAGGCUUUGGGUAUUUGCAUUAAGAAUGCUUGUUUAAGAAAUAUGGGAGUCAUGUAAAGUUUGCUUUGAAGUACAAAGGAUCAAGAGAUGGAUACAAAGCAUAAGACUUUCAUUAAAGAUGCAAUUAAUAAGAAGACCAAGCAACAGUCUGCUUUAUCCUAUCUAAUUAAGGCUAUGUCUUUGGAGGGUAUGUCACCAAGAAAUGGACAGAUGAAAGCUAUUGGUAAGAUGAUAAAGAGGCAUUUAUCUUCUCACUAUCUCACUAAACAAUCCAUAGAUAGAAUGAAAGUGCUGAUCAAUAAGAAUGUGCUAUGAAAGGUGGUAAAAACUAGGGAUGGACUUAGGGUACUGACUUACAGAUCGAUGAUGAAUGUGAUGUUGAAGACUCUUGUCUCUGUAGAUUAGGUUCAACAUACUCUUAAUUUAAUAGCUUGAACAAAAAUGAUAAAAAUAGAUAUGAGCAUCUAGCAGGUAGCUUCAACUUUCAUGUGCUAGAGAUUGAAGUUUACCAGAUAUAUGUUUGA